AUGGAGGCCAUACAGAAGAAGCUAGUCAUUGUUGGUGAUGUUACAUGUGAGAAGACAUGUUUGCUUACAGCUUUCAGCAAAGGCCAGGUUCCUGAAGUGUAUAUCCCCACAGUAUUUGAAAAUUAUGCUGCUGAUAUUGAAGUUGAUGGGAAACAGGUGGAGCUGGCUCUGUGGGACACAGCAGGCCAGGAGGACUACUAUAGACUGCGGCCCCUGUCUUACCCCGGCACGGAUGUGCUACUCAUGUGCUUUUCCAUCGGUGACCCAGACAGUUUGGAGAACAUUCUAGAGACGUGGUUUCCGGAGGUCAACCACUUCUGUCCGAAAGUUCCCAUCAUUCUGGUGGGCACCCACAAAGAUUUGCGCAAUAACGAUCACACACUCCGGGAACUAGCAAAGAUAAAACAGCAGCCUGUUAAACAAGAGGAGGGCAGGGACAUGGCCAAUCGCAUCAAUGCCUUUGGCUACAUGGAGUGCUCAGCCAAGACGAUGGAGGGCGUCAGGGAGGUGUUUGAACUGGCCGCUAGGGCAGCGCUGCACGGUGGGAAGCGCCACAGAAAGAACACCUGCCCUGUGUCAUAA